AUGUUCGUCCUAGGCUGCCCUUCAUUAAUCAUAACAGUCGACCAUAAACCCCUCGCUCCUAUUUUCAACAGUCGCGCUCUAGAGAAAAUCGAAAAUCCUAGAGUGUUUAAGUUCCGUGAAAAAACGCUUAUGUACAAUUUCAAAGUUAUCCCCAUACCUGGAGAACUAAAUCCUGCGUCUGACGCAACGUCACGAAUGAAACCCAUCGCAUCUGUUGACCUCGACAAUCAUAUCGCCUACAUUGAAGAGGAAAUUACCCUCGAACGACCCACUGACACUAUUCGUCUUGAAACUAUCCGUAAACACGCACAAACGGACAAAAAUUACCACCAUCUAUGCCAGCUUAUCGAAGAGGGAUUCCCAACGAAUAAAGAAUCAGUUCCAUCAAAUCUACGCGAGUUCUGGUCUCUACGUGAACGCCUGUAUACCAGUAAUGAUUUAAUCUUCUCCAAGGGGAUACCACUCGUACCGAAAUCUCUUCGACAACGUCUUCUCGAUGAGCUCCAUGUCGGUCACCAAGGAGUUUCCUCAAUGAAAAGCAACGCUAGACAACGUUUCUUCUGGUCAGGUAUGAACUCGGACAUACAAAACAAACGUCUCAACUGCCGAAGAUGCAACGAGACCGCCCCAUCACAAUCGAAAGAACCAGCCGAACAGCCACCUCAACCAUCCUACCCGUUUCAGCUAGCCGUCACGGACAUCUUUCAUAUGGUAGGGCAAAGAUACCUGAUUUACACUGACCGCUUCUCUGGUUGGACCGAAGUCGCCUGUCUACGAGCCUCAUCGAAUGCAGCAACCGUCAAAAACAUUCUGCGUCAAUACUUCAGCACCUUUGGUAUCCCAGAAGAAAUUGCAUCCGAUGGAGGUCCGCCAUACGAAUCAAACGAGUUCAACGCGUUCCUCAACAACUGGGGAAUACGUCACAGAUUAUCGUCAGCAUACCUACCGGAAAGUAACGGAAGAGCCGAGGUAGCUGUAAAAACCAUGAAACGCAUCCUCACAUCGAACGUCAGUCCAACUGGUUCUCUCGAUACCGAAGCAGUAACCAAAGCACUCCUACUUCACCGGAACACGCCUGCACCAGACAUGGGAAUUUCUCCAGCCGAGUUACUGUUUGGAAGAAACCUCCCUGACCAUCUACCACAACCAAUCACUUUCAGAAGGGAGUGGUCCGACCUUGCUGACGCACGUGAAAUGACACACGCCCGUCGAUUUGAACUGUCAAACAAGGGGGAUCGACACUCGCUACAACACCUACAGGUCGGUGAUUCGGUCGCGAUCCAAAACCAACACGGCAACCAUCCCAAUAAAUGGGACAAGACUGGCUGCAUUGCUGACGCAUUACCUCACAAACAAUACAGGGUUAUUGUGGAUGGAAGCCAGAGGUUAACAUUAAGAAACCGCCGGUUCCUUCGAAAAAUUCCACAAGAAUGCACCAAAGAUGUUGUUAUUCCCGAUUUAGUACCGGAAAUGAGAAAGUUGAAUGUCAAAGAAACUAAAAAUGGUGAACACACGAUUGUUCCCCCACAUAUACAAGAACAGCAAGAAGAAAUAAUGAACACAAACGACACAAAUAACGAUGAAAGCAAUGAACAUUCAACUGAGCAGGGAUCAACUCCUCCACCUGCUCCCUUACCAAGACGCUCAACACGAGAGAGACGGUUACCGUCUCCAUACAACGAUUUUUUUAUGAAAUAG